AUGUUCCAGCAUUCGGCAAUCGGCAUCAGCCUCGGUCUCAGUCCCAGUCCCAGUUUGAGCUAUCUAACAACGACGGUGGUCACAACAAGUUUAACAAGUUUAACCAGGAAAUUUUUGCAUCAUUUUGGCAGCAGAAACAACAAUAUAACCAUAUUGCAUGAGGUUGGCCCCGACGAGGUGGAUGAGCCUCCAUUGACGCUCAAUACACAUGAGAUUCUGCCAUUGAAACCGCUGAAAAAGAAACCCUAUUUGCCGCUAGAGAAAGUGUUGCCCGUCAUCGAUUAUGUGAAACCGCAUCCGCUCAAGGAAUAUGAACUGCAUCCGGUCACAUUUGAUUUCAACUUGGGCGAUCUCGAGGAUCUAGAGCAUGAGGUCAUCAAAAAGGGGGAUCUUAGCAGCGAGGAGCAACAUGUCCUCAGCAAUGGUGAUGCCACCGAACUCAGCUAUAAGCCCAUAAAUCCCGAUGACAAUGAUACCGUCGAUGUGGACAUAUCCGAGUUGGCCGAAGUUAGUUCUACAGAGCCAACCACAGCCACAACAGCAGCAACAACAACAUCGACAACAACAACGACAACAACCACGUCCAGCUCGCACAUCUUUAAGAUUCUACGAAAUAAGCCCUCCACGAAAAAGGGUCGAGAGCUACUCAAACAAACUGACGAUGAUAUGCAGCUUAAAACUUUGGGCAGUACCAUCAAUAGCAUCAGUCGCUAUCUGAGCAAUAAUGCAUCUGGCAGUGUCAAUGCAUCCAGCAUGGCUGAAAGUCUCUAUGGAUCGGCCAACUACUUUCAGAUUGUCACGAAUCUCUAUGAUCAUUUCUACUGGCAAAUCUCCGAGAUACGCACCACAGUUCGCAAGGUGUGCGGUCUCGAGAUGCAGGCCUAUCUAACCGCUCUACAUUCCAGCUACGAGUGGGCACAAAAAGCCUAUGAUGCAUCGGGUCGCUAUCGUGGUCAGCUGCUGUUUGGCAAUGACAAGUGGCUGGGCCAGCUGGGAUUUUGCCUGGAGCUCAAUCGGCAGCUGCCCAGCGAGGGGCGCAAGCACUUUGACCUGGAGUUCUAUGUGGCAGACAUAACGCUGCAUCUGCCGCAUCUCAAUCGAACGCAACAAAUGUUGAGCCUGGGCGAGUGUCUGCCCAAAUCCUGUUCGGCCCAUGAUGUCCAGUCGAUACUAUCGCUGGAUCCCUAUGCCCGCAUGCUGACCGUACUGGGAGCACACAAUGCAACCAUGCAACAGCCGGCGUUGCAAGUGCUGCGCGUACGCACAGUUCCAGGUAUCUACAGUCAUUGGAGGCAACUGAAGUUUCAGGUGUUUAUAAGCUUUCUGCUGACACUGCUGCUGGUGAUGAUCGUUGCCACUUAUUACCAGCUGAAGAUCGAUGAGAGACGUCUGGUUGUGGCACCGGCCAUACCCGCUAUAAGCGCCAAAUGCGAUGCAGCCUCCAAGAGUGGCGACUAUGAGACAGCGUACUAUGGCAAACCCUUUGAGCUCUUCCAAAUGCGACCACUCGGCAGCAAUGGCAUUGUCAGUGCUGACAACACGCUCGAUGCCCAAAUUGAUAUGAAUGGGAAUAGGCAAAGACCUGGAGAUGUGCCCACAAUUGCAGCUGAGGUUGCUGAUGCCACAGCGACCACAUCAAUGGCUGGAUCAACGGCCAAACAGACUGAAAAGACUGAGAUGACCGAUUAUCAGGUGGAAACUGGCAGCUGUACGGGCGUUACGGGCACUUAUGAGGCCGAACAACCCAUUGCUCUACAUCAACAGCUGCUGCUUUGCUUUGCGCUGCAAACGAAUGCCAAGGCCAUUCUAAACAUUGACAAGACGAAGGAGACACACACUUCAUGUUUGCAUGGUAUGCGGGUCUUGUCCGUGCUCUGGACAAUGAUGGUGCACACGUAUUUGCAAAUGUUUGCCAUUGGUGAAAAUAAGUUUGAGCGCGUGAUCACUGAACGUUCGUUCUGGUAUCAGAUCAUUGGUAAUGCCACAUUCUCCGUGGACUCGUUCUUCUUCAUAAGCGGCCUGCUGGUCACCCUGCUCUAUGUGAAACAGGAGCGCAAACAUUCCACAGACUCCUGCACCUUUGUUCGUCGCAGUUGCUCCGAGACGCUAAUGAUGCUCAUCUAUCGCUAUCUGCGCCUCACACCCGUCUACCUCUUUGUGGUGUUGUUUAAUGAUUUUGCCGUCCGGCAGGGACUGGACUCGUCCGUCUUUCAGCCAGCCAAAUCGGAGCAUAAUACGUGCCGCAUUUAUUGGUGGCGCAACAUACUGUACAUCAACAACUUCUUUCCACAGCACGAGAUGUGCAUGAUGUGGAGCUGGUAUAUGGCCAAUGAUAUGCAGUUCUAUGUCAUGGGAUCCCUGCUAUUGGCCCUAUCCAGAAAAUAUUUUAAGGCUGUAGCAUUAGCGCUGAUCGUCUUUCUGAUCAGUUCAUGGAGCAUUGCGGGCAUUGUUUCCCUGCAGCAUCAAUAUACCCAUAAAGUAGCGCUACCCUUUGAGUCAUUUGAUUUUCUCUACGACAAGCCCUGGCAACGUGUGGGACCCUACAUUGUAGGCAUGUUCGCUGGGUACGUAUUGUAUAAGGUGAAGACGCCGCCGCAGAUCUCGAGACGGGUUAAUUUGAGUCUGUGGGCAGUCAGCCUUGGAAUUCUGUUGCUGGUUGUCCUGGGCGUUUGGGAUGGCGAGCUGAGCGUUGUGAAUACCGCCUUUUAUGUGGGCGUGGGCCAUACCGCCUUUGGAUGCGGCCUUAUCUGGAUUGUGCUCUCCUGCUGUUGGGGUCUGGCGCCCAUGGUGAAUGCGAUACUCUCGUAUCGGGUACUUUGGCCACUGUCGCGUCUUACGUACUGCGCCUAUCUCAUCCAUCCGAUCAUCAUGUUCAUCUGUUCGUCCCAUAUGAGCGGUACUGUACAUCUGAACAACCCAAUGAUUUUGACAAUGUUUCUGGGCAAUGCUGUCGUCUCCUUUGGCACCGCUUUUGUCAUCUCUGCACUUUUCGAGGCGCCAGUCAUACGCAUACUUAAGAUCUGCUUCAAAAAGUGAUCUUGGAUAUUGUACGGGUAUUGCAGUUGACAACUGACUCAAUUCCCUCGUUUGUGGUCAUCAGUUCUAGUUUUCAUGCCCAUUUUUUUUUUGUUUUGUCAUAAUUUGUAUUGUAAAUUGUAUAUAUGUGUAUACAUAUAAAUAUAUCGAUAGGAUGCUAAUGUGUAAUAUAAACUUGUAAUUAGAUUUUAAAUGUUAUGUUUUUGUAGCUGGUUUUGUGUGUGAGAGUGAAUCGUUCGUGUUGUUUGCAAAUACACAUCUUUAAUACAA